ACGAUUCAGUUGACUAUCAAACGAAGUGAGAGCAACAUCUUGGAAAUUGUUAGAGCUAAACACAAAACAAAAUAAUGAAAUUAUUUUUAAAUUUAAGUGUGACACUAAUAUUGUGUCAUUUAGCAAACGCUUUAGGGCCAUACACGGUUUGUUUCUACGAUGCUUCCAGUGUGGAGAGAGAAGGUUUAGCCAAAUUGUCACUUGACAAUUUAGAAACAGCUUUGACUUUUUGCACUCAUUUGGUGUACGGUUAUGUGGGUCUCAAUCCAGAAACUUUCCGUUUGGCUUCCUUAAAUAAUGCUCGUGAUGUCAAGGGUAGACAUUUCCUUAAGGUUACCUAUUUAAAGGAGAAGUAUCCAUAUGUUAAGUUCUUAUUGAGUGUGGGUGGUGACAAAGAUCUGGGUGGUUCUGACAAAUAUAUACAAUUGUUGGAGGGUGGCCAAGAAAAACAACAAAAUUUCAUUGAUUCAGCUAAAUAUUUGGUGAGAAGUUUAAAUUUCGAUGGCUUGGAUUUGGCCUUCCAAUUGCCACAAAACAAGCCACGUAAAGUUCACUCAUCUUUUGGCAUGACUUGGAAAUCUACGAAAAAACUAUUUACCGGUGACUAUGUAGUUGAUAAAAAUGCCGACGAACAUAAACAGCAAUUUACCGAAUUGGUCAAGAAUCUGAAAACAUCAUUUGCUGAGAAUGAUUUGUUAUUGAGUUUAACCGUACUGCCCAAUGUAAAUUCAUCAUGGUAUUUUAAUGUUCCCGCUUUAAUUAAUCAAUUGGAUUUUGUUAAUUUGGCUGCAUUUGAUUUCACCACACCCGAACGUAAUCCUCAUGAAGCAGACUAUACCGCCCCUUUGUAUGCACCCACAUUAGAGGGUAAUCGCCAGCCUCACUAUAAUGUAGAUCAACAAGUCGAGCAUUGGACCUCCGAACGUUUCCCUAAAACUAAAAUCAAUGUGGGCAUUGCUGCUUAUGGUCGUGCUUGGAAAAUGACUUUGGACUCCAAAACUGAGGGUUUCCCCAUUAUUGCCUCCACUGAGGGUGCUGCUGAGGCCGGUCCCCAAACAAAAGUUUCUGGCCUUUUAAGUUAUCCCGAAAUCUGCUUAAAAUUGCAACCCAAAGGUGAAUAUGUUUUGCGUCGUUUUGCUGAUCCCACCAAAAAACACGGUACUUAUGCAUUCCAUGCUGCUGAUAAGGAUGGUGAACAUGGUACCUGGGUUAGCUAUGAUGAUCCUGAAGUAGCGGCCACUAAAGCGGCUUAUGUCACCUCUAAAGGUUUGGGUGGUGUGGCUUUAUUUGAUUUGAGUAUGGAUGAUUUUCGCGGUCAGUGCACUGGGGAUAAGUUUCCCAUAUUGAGGGCUAUUAAAUAUAAAUUAUAAAUGUUUGGCCAAAAAAUUUGAUUUGCAUUGAAUAAAGUGAAUAAAAUUUUAUUUAACAA